UUCGAUCUUCAAAUCCCUCCCGUGAACUCUCCUUUCACCCAACCAAAAGCUGGGGUACCUCUCCUCCAAGCUCCGCUCCGAGCAUCCUCAACAAAAAAUGAGCAACUUCACUUAUGCUUUUCUCCGCCUUAUCCCGGCCUUGUUCUUUUUCCUCCCUAUCGUCAUCUUCCAUCCCUCCUACGCUGCAACUACUAAUCCAACUCAACUGGUGCUCCUUGUAUGCCGGCGGACCUCGGAUUACGCCUUCUGUGUCGAGUCUCUCUACAGCGACCUCCACACCUCAAACGCCGCGGAUGCGUACCAGCUCGCCUACGUCCCGUUCCGCUUAGCUUACCUCAAUGCCACCGCCACCCAACACCACAUAGCCACGCUCCUUAAACAUUCCUCAUCCCCAGGCCAGAGCCAGCGUCUCCGUCAGUGUAGCCGCGAUUACGAGAAGGCCACUUCCGCGCUGGAACGGGCUUUCAAUGACCUGGACUCCGAGACCUUCUUCGAGUUGGCUGAUUUCGCGGGUGUUGCCGCCCAUUCUGCUGCUGAUUGUCAGGCCGCCUCCAGGGGAACCUAUACCUCGCUUGCUGUCAUGAAUGAGAACUUGAAGGGUCUUUCCGAAAUCUGUAAUGUCGUAGCUAAACUAUUUUCUGCAUCUUAGUUUCUGUGAUCACUCCUUUCUAUUUAACAUUAAUGGUUUUAGCUUUUCUCUUCA